CUUGCAUUAGUGUAACAUAAUUGACGAACGGUGCUACAGCCAAUUAGGAGCCAUCAAAAUAAUCAUAAAUGUAAACAUCAAACUGUGCCACGGUCGUGCACGCUGCUUAGAAAUGGCAGCUCGGUGCCUUCCUGCCAGACGACCCUGGCCGCGUAGUGUCACAUGACCGCUCAACCCACGGAGUAAGAGCCCUGGAGCCGAAUCAUGAUAUUGGCCGCUCCGCGCUAUAACUGACUCCAUUUGACUGUAACCUACACACAAUUCUCACCACACCUGCUGCACCUUCGACAACAUGCCUGGAAAGACGUAUCUCAUCACGGGAGCUAACCGCGGCAUCGGCCGUGGCAUGUUCGACCAUUAUGUCGCACAGCCAAACAACACCCUCAUCGCGGCCGUGCGCGAUCCUGCCGGUGCUCAAAGCCUGCUCAAUGUUUCCAAAGGCGAAAACACCAAAGUCCUUAUCGUCAAGAUCGACUCGGCAUCCAAGACAGACCCAUACGAGGCCGUGAAGGGCAUCGACAAAAUUGACGUCGUUAUAUCAGCUGCUGGUAUCGCGUCGCUCAACACUGUAGCCGAUGUGCCGCUCGAAGAGUUCGAAAACGCCCUCCAGGUCAACGCCAUCUCUGUCAUGAUACUGUACAAGGCGACCCUGCCCUUGCUCGAGAAGUCAGACUCGGCCCGCUUCGCCUUCAUCAGCGCUGCUGGCGGCAGUAUCAACAACAUGCCUGAGUUCCCUUAUCCUAAUAUCAGCUAUACCGGCUCCAAGGCGCUCGCCAACGUCAUGGUCCGCAAGAUGGGUAUGGAAAAUGACUGGCUGAUCACGCUAUGCAUUCAUCCCGGCCUCGUCCAAACAGACAUGGGCAACAUGGGCGCACGCGCUUUCGGUCUAGAGAAGGCACCCCUCACCCUCGAGGACAGCAGCAAGAACACUGCGCACAUUGUCGACAAUGCCACCAAGAAGGAGCAUUCUGAGCAAUUCUUCAACGAGACCAUUGACCGCCGCUACCCUUGGUGAGACGGGAUGUUGGAUGGUGGAGGGAGGAUCAUGUCUGAGCGACAUGAGUAUGGGCAUGUCAGACCGUACG